UGAUCACUAUAGAGUAAAACCGGCUAAUCUCGGCGGCCAUAUUUUAAGGCCAUUUUAUAGGCCUAUGUACUAGAGGACACACUUGCUUGUUUACCUUGCUCGACAACGCCAAACAACCAUGGCGGACCAAUUCCAGCUCUCGGAAGAGCAGGUUGCAGAGUUCAAAGAAUGCUUCGCCACGUUCGACAAGGAAGGCACGGGCUUCAUCAACACGAAAGACCUUGGUACGGCUAUGAGGAAGCUUGGAGAAAACCCCACAGAGGAGAUGCUGGAAGCAAUCAUCUCUGAUAUUGAUCUUGAUGGUAACGGCACGUUAGAUUUCGAAGAGUUCCUAAGCUUUAUGGCGCGGAAGAUGCAGGAUGGGACGGAGGCGGAGGAUGACAUCAAGGAGUGCUUCAGGGUGUUUGAUCGGGACGGGAAUGGCUUCAUCAACGCGAGUGAGCUGCGCAACAUCUUGAUGACGACGGGUGAGAAGCUUAACGAUGAGGAGAUGCAGGCGUUGAUUGACGAGGCAGAUGUGGACAAUGAUGGCAUGAUAAAUUAUGAACGUAAGUCAGGAUCGGUUAUUCGGAUGCAGAUUUUUCCCAUCUCAAAUAUCUGUAGAACGGACGCUUGUGAUAGCGCCCCCAGAGGCGGACCAGCCCGGCGACCAGUGGGCAGUCGCGCCUCACCAGACUGCCAUCAAGGGGGCCCUGUCUCACGUCACUCCUUCAUUCUCAUUCUUUCUCUUAUUCAGUCACCCUCUGAUCCAGAAUUCAAGGAAGCCUUCUCCCUCUUUGACAAGGAUGGGAACGGCAGCAUUACCACCAAGGAACUGAGCACAGUCAUGCGGUCUCUCGGCCAGAACCCCACAGAGGCGGAACUAGAGGAUAUUCUUGAUGAAGUAGAUGCAGACAAAAGUGGGACGAUUGAUUUUGACGAAUUCAAAGAAAUGAUGGCGAAGAAAGUGGUGGGCACGGACCCAGAGGAAGAGAUCCGAGAUGCAUUUAGAGUGUUCGACAAGGACAACAACGGCUUCAUUACUGCAGUGGAGCUACGUCACGUGAUGAGUAACCUCGGCGAGAAGCUGACGGAUGAAGAGGUUGAUGAGAUGGUGACCGAGGCUGAUCUUGACGGCGAUGGCAGAAUAGACUAUGAUGAAUUUGCCAAGAUGAUGAUGAACCGUUGAAGCAUCUCAUCAGCCUGUACAGCCGUCAUCACGCAUCAGAAGGAACAUCAAAGGACCAAAGUCUCACGAAGAAUCAAAUACGUUAUGACUCUCGAGUUACCUAUUGAAAGUGCUUUUGACUAUCUCGUUGCAAUGUCCUUUUGAGCAAACGAUUACACCCAUGUUUGCAUGCUCUCUUCGUGAUUUGUGGGCAUUCACAGAACUUUCUUACAGUGAUCGUGAAUCCGCAGAGGAAACCCUACUGAAUUCCCAUUUCGUCAACUUAGCCCGUCUACAUGUGUCUUUGGCCAGUUUCCAAUUCUUGAUGUCACUUAUACCCACAUCUAAUGUAUCAUUUGUGUUUCAUAAAAGUACUCAAAUUGUACUGUAAUGUUUCAGGUGGCACGGAUGUUCAGCAAAACGCUUUCAAUAACAUACUAAACAUUGCACUAAACGCACAAGAAUAACUGUUUGCAUCUAACCAAGAGACCAAUAUGCAUGCGUGGUUCUAUUCGUCUGAGUGAUUGUAACAUUAACUGCACCUGGACAAAAGUGUGUCCAGCACUAAUUUGCACCAUUAUUGCACUAUUUUAUUUGAUUGCACCAAUUUCUUGCACGUUUUACACCACAUGCAGUUUUGUUUUGGAUGCAAUUCAUAUUUCUAUUUUAUUCUAUGUUUUAGGCUACACUGCACCUACAUGUAUUGCACGCAGCACAAUCACACUUUGCACGCACUGCAUGCUUGUUUUUGUUUUACCUUGCACCAACCAACACCUUUUGCAUGUUUGUUCACCCUUGCACCCACCGCACUUUGCACCCUGCAUGUUUGUUUACCCUUGCACCCACUGCACUUUGCACCCUGCAUGUUUGUUCACCCUUGCACCCACCGCACUUUGCACCCUGCAAGUUUGUUCACCCUUGCACCCACCGCACUUUGCGCCCUGCAAGUUUAUUCACCCUUGCACCCACCGCACUUUGCACCCACCGCACUUUGCACCCUGCAUGUUUGUUCACCCUUGCACCAAUCACUGUACUUUUUACCCUGCGUGUUUGUUCACCCUUGCACCAAUCACCGCACUUUGCGCCCUGCAUGUUUGCUCACCUUGGCACCAAUCACCGCACUUUGCGCCCUGCAAGUUUAUUCACCCUUGCACCCACCGCACUUUGCACCCACUGCACUUUGCACCCUGCAUGUUUGUUCACCCUUGCACCCAUCGCACUUUGCACCCUGCAUGUUUGUUCACCCUUGCACCAACCGCACUUUGCGCCCUGCAACUUUAUUCACCCUUGCAACCAUCGCACUUUGCACCCACCGCACUUUGCACCCUGCAUGUUUGUUCACCCUUGCACCCACCGCACUUUGCGCCAUGCAAGUUUAUUCACCCUUGCACCCACCGCACUUUGCACCCUGCAUGUUUGUUCACCCUUGCACCCACCGCACUUUGCGCCCUGCAAGUUUAUUCACCCUUGCACCCACCGCACUUUGCACCCUGCAAGUUUGUUCACCCUUGCACCCACCGCACUUUGCGCCCUGCAAGUUUAUUCACCCUUGCACCCACCGCACUUUGCACCCACCGCACUUUGCACCCUGCAUGUUUGUUCACCCUUGCACCCACCGCACUUUGCACCCUGCGUGUUUGUUCACCCUUGCACCAAUCACCGCACUUUGCACCCUGCAUGUUUGCUCACCUUGGCACCAAUCACCGCACUUAGCAUCCUUCACAUUUUUUUCCCUUGCACUCAGCCAAUCAAUGUGCGCACUGGCUCUUUACAACCUGUUUGCUUUGCCAUUGUUUGCCCUUUAUGUACCAGCACACUUCGCACCCCGCAUGUCGGAAGGGCAUGUUGGUUUUAUUCAACUGCGUGCAUCAGCCGCAACUUGUACCCCUGCCUAUUUUCCUUCUGUUGCAAGAACGCAUCUUCUUGAGUAGAUUCCUAGUCAUUUGCACGCGCAUUAUACGGUACAUUGCAGUGUUUGCACCACACCACUUGCAUGGCAUCAUAUGUCGCAUAAACCACGUUAUUUACACCUCACCACACAGCUUAUUUUGCAUACCCGGUACGCAACUUUUAUAUUAUUUUGUGCAUGCCCCUUUUGUACCACAGCACAUGUACUACUUCGUUUAUCGCGCACUCUCAUUUUGUUAUAUUUGCACAAUCACAUGCACAUCACGUAUGCACUGUUUCGUUUUUUAGUUGAGUUGAAUCGUGAAUUGCUCCAUUACACCAUUGCAUGUCACUAACAUGCACAAUAACAGUGUGUAACCUGGUCCGAUGUAUUGUGAUGACGUCAGAUCCAAAUGAUCACGACUUGAUGUCAUCAUGUUACCUCCUUUGAACCUGGUCUAUCGUUCUUGAGUGGAAGCUAACAUUUUAAUAAUUUUGCACCUGGUGGUGGGAUUAGGUUUGCACUGAUAUUUUGCAUGAAAUAAUGAUACUAAUCAAAGAACGCCUGCAAUUGCCGUGGCUAUAUAUUGCUUUCAUGGUACAGUAGAUGUGGGUGUCAUUUCCGCGGUAUAUUUUGCAGCUCUUCCAUUCACUAGGACAACCACGAAUCGGGACCCAUGAUGGGGACCAAUGGCCGACUGCACCGGAAACUGAUGCUGCCAUCUAUGGCUCCGGGUGGAUACUCCAGUGUAGAUGACCUUGCACAUUUUUCAAUAGAUUGACACAAACUUCACCCAGAUUUAGUGAUAGCUGAAGUCUAGAUGUUGACCUAAUUGAGCACUUCAAAACAGCACUGUAGUCUCAAAAAGAAAAAGCAUCUGAAAUUAGGUUGUAAAAUUGGCCAAUUUGCCAGAUAGAUUCAACAAAUAGAUAAUGUAACAAAUUUCAGCUAAGCGGGAAGCAAACAAACUUAGCUUUGUUUUAACGAUUCAAGCUUCUAUUGUGAUAGUCCAUGUUCUGAUGUUUUGCUAUUUAUGAUGUUUUAUUAUUGUAUUAUGUUAUGUCUACACCAUUCACUGGGUAUUCCGUGAUAUCACCAUUCACUGGGUAUUCCGUGAUAUCCUAAACUAUUUCAAAUAAAUCUUAUUAUUGCACA